AUGAAACAGGUGGUCUCUGUUAAGCUGCCGCCGCCUGGGCAAGGUCAGGCACCUGUCAGCGGCAGCACUGCGGGUGCCGGUCGCUCCCGGCCCGGUGGAGAACGGCCAACAUCCGAAAUGGUGGCGCUCGAAACAGACUCUCCGCUCCGAAGACCGGAGGGAGAUGCUUCGGGGCAGCCGACCUCAGAAUCUGCGGCAGUUGCGGAGGCCACGGCACCUGACCCGGCACUGGAAACCAGUGGCCGAGAGUCGGAGAAACCGUUAGAAGGUGCAGGAUCUUCCGCCAUGGCCAAGCCCGACGAUGCUGAACAUCAGCACAUGGAGUCAGGAAGCGCCACGGAAGACGCACCGGCAGCCACGCGCGAUGCAGGCUCCGGCGCCCCGCCACGUGUCAAAGGCGCAGCAGAGGUCAAAGGCGCAGCAGAGGUCAAGGGUGCAGCAGUACGGCCAACACCUCGUGGACACAAAAAGGAGCACAGAGAGCGGAAGGAGGAAAAGAACGGCGACUCCAGGGACACGCAGGGGAGGGCUGCAAAGCAGCCGCACUCCUCCCGCGAGCCGCGGGACCGUGACCCACGCCGGCGCUCCGCCCCAGUGCCGCGGGCGCCGCGAGCGAACUCGGAGCCACCCCACACGGCGCAAAGCGACGGAGCAGUUCGGACCCCGAGCUCAAUCGAUCCGCGACUGGUGCGAUUGGUUUCCGAGAUCGAGAGCCACUUCCACAAGAUUGACCAGAAGCCUCCUGUUGAUGCCAUGGCAUGGUUGAAGGAGACUGCUCAGCUGGAGCUCUUCGAAGAAGAACUUCGCUGGAUACUCAAGCAGCAUGAGAAAGAUGAGGGCGAGAAGCCGAGCUCCGAUCACAGCCCAGCGAGCGAGGCCAAGGAAGAGCCAGCCGAGCGCAUCCGUGUCGAGGAUGUCCCCACCGAGCCGACGCCACGGGUCGAGAAAGACUUGCACUCGGCACUGCUGCAUCUUCGAAACUGCGAGCGGGAGCAUGCAUACUACAUGCAGCUGUUGGGUUACGAAGAUGCGGUCUUCCGUGAGGAGCGCAUCUUGGAGAUUCGGGAUCUAGAUCAAGAGAUUGAGCAAGAGCAGCGCAAGGUCAAGCACAUGGAUGCAGAGAAUCGAAGACGCGAGCGUGCGCUGGCACGGGCUGCGGCACUCACAGCCAGCUCUGUGCAUGCGGAGAGUGAUGGCAACAGCCGGGCGAUGCGGCAGGCAGAGCAGCUAGAUUCGGAGAGCGCCGUCUGGCAGGUGAAGAACGAAAACCUUCAGAAGCAAGUCCUGCAGCUGAACAUCUACAUGAAGCAAGACAUGGACAAGCAGGACCAGCUGGAGCAAAAGCUCAAGGCGUUGCGGGAGAAGCUCGAGAGUGAGGAGGCGAAGCAGUGGAUCGAGGAGCAAAGGCAGCGAGAGGAAGAGCGCUGGAAUGAAGAGCAAGUGCUUUCUGCAGAGGUCAAAGCCCUUCAGGAUCGCCGCGUGUCGGAUGUUCAAGCCACCAAGAAAGCGCACACAGAGAUGCAGCGUCAGCUUGUUGACCUGAGAAAGCAGCAAACUACCUUGGAACCCCGACUAGCUCACUUGGACAGUUUGGAGAAGCAGCUUCGACGUCAGUGGAGGCAGAUAAUGCGGCAUCGCCGACGAGAAGGCGACAACUCUGCCGCCCCUCGUCCUGAUGAAAACUCGUUUUUUGAAAGAGCAGGAGAAGCAAGUGAGACCUGA